AUGCCUCACACAUUGCUGUUGGUUCUGCUUGGGAUACCUAUGUGUCUUUCACAAACUGCUUCACCGACACCAACCCCCGUCACUCUAUGGCAGUUUGGUCAAGGUCGAUUGGUGGGCGGGGUGAUUACCCUCCCACUAGAGCCACUCGGGACCGCAAGUGGCGGCCUAGCCACCACAUAUCUCUUCAAAGUGCAAAAUCCAGUCACGACUAUCGUGACUGACCUAGACGGGCAAUUCACAACUCUUGUGUCAGCCUCGCUUGCAUCACGCACAGUAGUAGCCUCUGCAUCUGGAUGGAUAGAGGGCUUUGAUGGUCCAAAAGUCACGUACUCCUGCGCGCUUGUCAACUCUGCCUUUGGAGAAUGUGCUCUUCUUUCGGGUGGUCAUGCUACGGUUGUAAACAGCGGUUUACCCACGCCGGAAGUCUUCACAGUCUCUACAGCGCCCCCACAUCCAUCCACGUCAAAACCUAAUGUUCGGAUUAUCGUCGUAGUGACGGUAACAUCAUGUUUGGCCGUCCUCUUCACAACUUUCAUAACUAUCUGGGUUCUAAUUCUCCGACGUCGCCGAGCCAAACCAAAUGCACAUAUUUUGGAAGCCAACUCUCGCCAGGGCGAUGCCGAGCAAGUACUUGGGUACAUUCCCCAAAUAUUUACCAAGGAGCGGCGAGAUCACUCGGACGCUUCAAGCGGGUUGCGAUCUGUCUCUCAUUCCAGUAAUCCUUCGGUGUCUGAGGAGCGCGCCAUUCCAGCUGUCAAUCUGUCGACGCCAGAUUUGGCAAGGUUGUUGUAUGAAAGGAUGCAGGGCCAGUCACCUUUUUCAGAGCUGCCGCCUCCAGCAUAUCGAACGCCAGUGGAAAGGCGGGCUCGAAACGGUUUAAACCUAUUGGUCACUUAG